CAUCUAUUAGAGUGUUCCUGUACACCCUUCGCUCAUUUUCUUCUGUUAACAGAUAUCUCCUAUGACCUUGUUUCUGUUGUCAGAACUAAAUUAGCAUUGGUAUUUUACUAUUAACUACAUUCUAGGCUUUAUUUGGAUUUCAGCUGUUUUUCCACCUAUGUCAUUUUGCUAUUAUAGGAUCCAACUCAGGAUACCAUGUUGCAUUUAGAAUACACUUUUAAGAAAUUUUGAACCAUUUGACAGUAAGUGGCACACACCAAGACACUUUUCAGUACUUUAGCAGACACUGUGUUAAGCACACAGAGUGGAGUGGUUAGCAGAAGAAACAUGGCUGUCCUUCAUGGAAGAUGCAUCCUUCUAGAUCAGGAGACAGAGUUGCCCAGAACCCAGAGCCAUGCACCAGCCCAAGCUGUGGUGAAGCAGCCCAUCCGGGGAGCCACUGGGAGGACCACCAUCACGACGAUUGUCCACACUGGUGGAGACUGGAGCACCGGCCUCUUCAGUGUCUGCAGAGACAAGAGAGUUUGUUUCUGUGGUCUGUUUUGUCCAAUGUGCCUUGAGUGUGACAUCGCCAGGCAUCAUGGAGAGUGCCUUUGUUGGCCAUUGUUACCUGCGUCCACCUUUGCACUGAGAAUUGGCACCAGAGAGAGGCAUAAAAUACGGGGCACACUGUGUGAGGACUGGCUGGUGGUGCACUGCUGUUGGCCCUGUUCCAUCUGUCAGGUGGCCCGGGAACUCAAGAUGAGGGCCUCCCAACUCUAUGAAAUCUAUACAGCUCCUUCAACCAAGGACAACUUUAUCUGACGGAGCAAGAAAACUCCUCCUCCUCACCCCCCAACCCUCCUCUCAAACCCUUUUUCAGAG